GCCGUGGCCCGGCCGGAGGCGGUGUCGCUGGCGCCGCUGCGUGCGGUGCGGUGCGGGGCGGGGGUGCGGGCGGCCGCGGCGCGGCGGGACCAUGGACCCGGGAGCGCUGCCCCGGUGGCGGCGGCGGCACCGCGGACGGUUUUAGUUUCGGUUGCUGUUCCUAUUGAUAAUCUAAGCCGAAGGGGUGAUGCUACCUGAGGGAAAUUUCUGCAACUCCUAAGUCGGCGGUUCUGUGCCCGUGAGCCAUGCCUUUAGUGAAGAGGAACAUCGAGCCCCGGCAUUUGUGCCGGGGGGCCCUGCCAGAAGGGAUCACCAGCGAACUCGAGUGUGUAACCAACAGUACUCUUGCAGCCAUCAUCCGCCAGCUAAGCAGUCUAAGCAAACAUGCCGAAGACAUAUUUGGUGAGUUGUUUAAUGAGGCUAACAACUUCUACAUCAGAGCAAAUUCUCUUCAAGACAGAAUUGAUCGCCUUGCUGUCAAAGUUACCCAGCUGGAUUCAACGGUGGAAGAGGUGUCACUACAGGAUAUCAACAUGAAAAAAGCUUUCAAAAGUUCCACAGUCCAAGACCAGCAGGUGGUUUCAAAGAACAGCAUUCCCAACCCUGUGGCUGACAUUUACAACCAGAGCGACAAACCGCCUCCUCUGAAUAUUCUUACCCCAUACAGAGAUGAUAAAAAGGAUGGGCUGAAGUUCUAUACUGAUCCUUCCUAUUUCUUUGACCUCUGGAAAGAAAAAAUGCUACAGGAUACAGAGGACAAAAGGAAAGAGAAAAGGCGUCAAAAGGAGCAAAAGCGCAUAGACGGCACCACCCGUGAGGUGAAAAAGGUUAGAAAAGCCAGGAACAGGCGGCAGGAGUGGAAUAUGAUGGCGUAUGACAAAGAGCUUAGACCUGAUCACAGGUUGUCUCAGAGUGUGUACCAUGGAGCGUCUUCCGAGGGAUCCCUGUCCCCAGAAACUAGGUCCCACGCCUCAGAUGUCACGGAUUACUCGUACCCGGCUACUCCCAAUCAUUCUCUGCACGCUCAGCCUGCCGUCCCUUCUCAUGCGGCAGCAGAGGCACCAACACAUGGGCCCGCAAACCAGGCCCUGGAGCACGAGUACCGGCCACCCGCUGCCUCAGCCAGGCAUAUGGGCCUCAACAGACCCCAGCAGCCGCCACCGCCACCCCCAGAGGCCACCGAGGGGUCCCAGGCCUCCGCACCCAUGGCUCCAUCUGACUAUGGGAUGCUCCCGGCCCAGAUCAUUGAGUAUUACAACCCCUCAGGACCACCACCACCGCCGCCACCGCCCAUGAUUCCUUCAGCACAAACUGCUUUCGUUAGCCCCCUCCAGAUCCCCACGCAGCCCCCAUUCCCCACGGCAGCCGGCUCCUCCUACACAGCGCCCCCUCACCCACCCUCCGGUGGGCUGGUGGUCACUGCUCCGCCUCCUCCAGGGCCACCUCCUCCCCCUCCCGGCCCCCCUGGGGCAGGCUCCUCCCUCUCCUCCUCCCCAAUGCAUGGCCCCCCAGUAGCUGAGGCAAAGCGACAAGAAACUGCACAACCACCUAUAAGUGAUGCUCGAAGUGAUCUUCUUGCUGCUAUCCGAAUGGGAAUUCAGCUGAAGAAGGUUCAGGAGCAGCGCGAGCAGGAGGCCAAGCGUGAGCCAGUGGGGAACGAUGUGGCCACCAUUCUGUCCAGGCGCAUCGCCGUGGAGUACAGCGAUUCCGACGAGGACUCUGAGUUUGAUGAGAAUGAUUGGUCCGACUGAGGCGACAGGCACUUGGGGACCGGUGCACAGCUUGGUGAUCAGGCUGGCUGCCUGCCAGGAGACUGUCUUAGAAGAGUAUUGAAAAUAUACUAAGUGAUCUCAACACCCAAAUAGGCAUAUUAUAACCCUGUAGCUUAGCAACUUUUGUAUUAAUAAUGUGAUAUUGCUUUUGCACAUCCAAUAUUCUGGGUUUUUUCAGUAUUUACUGUGUAAUACUUAAGUGCCACUAAACAUAGCAAAUCGUGCUGCACAUGAAGAAAUAUGCUAUAACUAUUGCAUUAUCCUGAAAACAGCAUUUGCUUCCUUUUCCUUGGCCAUGAAAGUAUUUAGUGCAGUUUGGGUUUUAGUCUUAUUGACCAUUUUAAUUUCUGCGAACUUGCUGUGUGUUUGUGAAGCUGCCUGGAGUAAGGUCUUUGCAAGAUUAAUGACUAUGCGUCAGAGUGAUGUCUUCUAAUCAGUAAGUGACUUUCUUUCACUUUUUUUUUUCCAAAAACAAAAACAGAACAUGUUCCAGAUGACGUUGGUUCUAGAGUGCAAGAUUUAACAAGGAAGGAGAAUCAAAUGUUCCUGCUUCCCAUUUCUUGGCUUGGUAGCCUCAGAGUGGACUUGAGUAUCAUAUUGAAUAAUUCCAUUUCCUUUGUAUACUCUUAUAAAAUGUGAAAUUGGGCGGGCCCUUUUCCAGCAGGAUUCCCUAUGGGCAUUCAGCUUGGCAAAUGCUUGCGGGUGGUUUGUGUCAAAUGUUUAUACAGCUCAGUGGUAAUGAAAAGGGAACAGGGUCCUUUGGGAGCCUUUGGGAAUGACACUCAGGACUUCUGAUGGUCAUCACUGCUGGGCGUUAGCUAGAAGCACAGCCAGGAAGAGCCUAGGAGUGGUAGAGCCAAGCUGGGCUGAGUUGGCUCAUUCCUGGUCCCCUGAGCCGAGUGCUCUGGGACAUUUUUAGCUCCUCAGCACAUUGCUGUGAAAGUACAUCAGGUCAUGCCUUGCUCCACUUGGUGUGAAUUUUCAAAGCUUCAGUGUAAGUGAAUGUAGUUGGACUGACAGAAUUUUGUUCUUUCAGGAGCUGUGGCCAGAUUAGGCAUCUGUCACGAGCAGCACCUUCCUCAAUCCUAAAAGCACACGGUGCGCUCUCUCUCUCUCUCUCUCUCUCUCUCUCUCUCUCUCUCUCUCUCUCUCUCUCUCUCUCUCUCUCUCUCUCUCUCUCUCGCUCUCUCUCUCUCUCGCUCUCCCCCUGUCUCUCUUUCUCCUCUGUCUCGUCUCUCUCUGUCUCUGUAUCACUCUCUCUCUCUUUCUCUCUGUUAUUGUCACAUUACAGUUUUCCAAUUACCUCACAGACUUAGCCCAUAGACCCAUAACUGUAAGCUGAUCGCUGUCAUCUUUGUCCUUCCUAUUUUCCAUGUGUCUGUCCUGAGGUCUGGGGGUUCUUUUCUUGGCAAAGGCAUACCUUCUGGAAACUCAUGGGUAUGAAUGAAUGAGAACUGCUCUUUUGUCAUUCAGGUGGACAGUAAAUGUAUCGAAUCAAUGACUAUUCUAGGCUUUAAUUCUAGAUACGUAUUCUUAAAUGCGCUAAGAAUACACUGAGACACUUUCCUAGGGAAGUUCUCUAACAUCUCCAGUUAUUUGUGACACUCCACUACCCAUGAGACUCCACAUGGCGGGAAUCAAGGUGAAAACAAAGGUGUUGGGUUUGAUGGUAGGCAAUGUAAAGUGCAUUGUAACUCAAAGACAUUUGUUAACGAGUUCUCCUGGGGAAAUCAGCACUCGCCAUCCCCACCCCGCCCCUGUCACAUCUGUGUGUCCCUGAGUGGAGACUAGUGUGGACCAUCGUCACAAGCAGACUGCACAUUGAGUUUUAGUCAUGUGGAUUUUGAAACUCUGAAAAAGUCUGAUGCCCCCUUUCCAGGACCAGCUUAUGCUAUUAAAUAUAAGUAAUAGUUAUUCACACAUCUUUGUUUCUCUUUCAUUUCUUGUUUCAACUUUCAAUGUGAAGGCCUAUGUUGGGACUUGUAUCAUGUUUGGGCUUAUUUUUUCUUCAUUACAGUAGUUUGGGCUGGGGGUGUCUGUGUGCGUUGAUGUAUCUGUAUGCCUGUGUGUCUGUGUGUCUAAUGUUUGAGUGAGAGAUUACCUACAUAACUCUAGAACAGACACCUGGCAACCCUUCUCUGUUUUCCUAUGUUCCCUUUGUUCUCGGGAUAGAGAAAGCACAUCUGUGCACAUCUGUCUACAUCAGGAAUUCUUCUGUUUCCAUCUCAUAAUAAAAUUAGUGGCACUUUAAUCAUAAUCUUAAGCCUAUUACUAGUUAUCAUCCCACAAGUCAAUUCAACAAAUUUCUUUCUUUCUUUCUUUCUUUCUUUCUUUCUUUUUUUUUUUAAGUCAUGUCUGGCAGUGCUUCUAGCAGAACUUGGGGAGCCGAGCAGGGCGGAGGGUCCAACCCAGGACUCCUGCGCACAGAUUCUGUGCUGCAGCCCAUUGAGCUCACUCCCUGGCUCCUCAGCAAGUUAUUUUCUGACUAGUAAAAAAAGAAAUGCUACAUUUUUUUUACUAGUAAAAUGAUGUAUGUUUUCUGUCAUCUUUAAAAAAGAAGGAAAAAGGAUGAAAAUCCAGUUCUCUUUUGCAUUUUUUUUAUUUUCCUCAACAAAUCUGAAUCAUUCUAAAAUGUAAAUCCAAACUUUUUCUGACAUAAAAAAGUGAAGAAAUGAAUACUUCAUUUUCCAAAAAUACUUACCAUAACAAAGGAAGAAAAUACUUAAAAAGAAAAAAACUUUUUAUAGCCAUGAGUUUUACAUCUUAGGUGGUUAUAUAAGUUCAGCCGUCCCCCCACUGUGUGUAUCUGAGUAACUUCCUACCAGCCUUUUUCUUUUACCAUAGAUUUGGACACUCUGAGAACAUGACUCAGCAUUCCUGCACAGUAGCUAAGCAGAUGCUCUUUCUUCUUAGUCCCAAGUCCUCACAUUGGGUCCACUUUUGUUUACCAUUACUAAGUAUUAGAGAGUUAACAUUUUCAGUUCCAAAAGUAUUUAGAACAUCGAAAUCUUUCUCUGAGCACGAAGUGGCUAGGUUGUGAAAGUUUUGUAAUAAUUUGCAACUGAAAUACAUGAUACAUUUUAAUCCAUUAAAGACUAGUGGGAAUGUAUCAGCCAUAGUAGCAAGUAAUUUUUGUUUUAUAAAUUGUCAUCUUGCAGUAUUUACCAAUGCUGUUAUAAAGAGAAUUUAAAGUGGUAUUAAAAACAAAAACUUCUGUUAACAAUUUUUAUCUGUUUGUAUAUCUUACUAUAGAUUAUGUACAAGUAACAUCUAAAUAAAAUUACACUUUAAACCCUGAAA